GCCUCUCGUCAUGUCUCUCCUCAGACCGGCAUUGCCUCAGCUGCUCUCCCUCGGUCGCGUGACGUUACGGGGGAGGCGGGGCCUCCGCAGCAGCAGCCGCCGCCAUUUUGUGGCUCCGCCUCCUCUCCAGCCCAUGCACGAGCUCCGCUUCCUCCCUCUCAGAGACGGCAGCCAGGUAGGCAAGCCGUGGUCCCGCCCAGCACCUCACGCCAUUGGCGGCUGCCGCUGGGGCUCCUCCCCCUUCGCCCGCUGCCAUUGGCCGGCACGCUCGGCCCAGGCCACGCCGCAACCUCGGCGCGCGCUGAAGGGAACGCCGCUGGAGACAGAGAGACGGGUCAGCGGCAGCCAGCGAGAGCUGCCAGGCAGCAGAUUGGUCGGCAGACGCCCCGCCCUCCCCACCAGCCGCCCGCUCCUAUUGGCCGAUCGCUCCCCCCUCCCUUUCCAGGCCGUCCGCGCGCAUUGUCGGUUGGAGCGAGAGUCAGGCGCGCGCGCUGCCGCUGUUGGUGUCCGCUCUCCCGGCAGCAGCCCCCCCUCCCCCCGCCCGCACCGGCAGCAGCUUCUCCGUGGAAUAUGCUCAAGCAGCAGCCGCCGCCGUCGUCUCAGGCCACCCGCAAACCUGCCGCAGCGGCCAUGGCGGUCUCCACGCCAGGAAGCGGCUCCCCGGGGAGCCCCAACGGCAGCCUGCCCCCAUCCGGGAGCCAGGAGCGGGCCGGAGCCGGCAGGGGCAGGAGCAUCGUGAAGGGACUCCAGCCUCCGGUUUUUGAAGGAGUCUAUAAUAAUUCUCGCAUGCUGCAUUUUUUAACUGCUGUGGUGGGCUCCACGUGUGAUGUAAAGGUGAAAAAUGGGACCACGUACCAAGGAAUCUUCAAGACGUUAAGCUCAAAGUUUGAGUUGGCCGUUGACGCUGUGCACAGGAAGACAAGUGAUCAGGUGACGGGGCCCAAGCGCGAGGACAUUGUUGACACCAUGAUCUUCAAGCACUCAGAUGUGGCCCUCGUUCACUUCCACAACGUAGAUUUCAACUAUGCUACGAAAGAUAAGUUUACCGAUUCGGCCAUUGCGAUGAAUUCCAAAGUGAAUGGGGAGCACAAGGAGAAGGUUCUAAUGCGCUGGGAUGGGGGCGAAAGCAACAGCGAUGACUAUGACUUGGAGUCUGAUAUGUCUAAUGGCUGGGAUCCUAACGACAUGUUUAAGUUCAAUGAGGAUAACUACGGAGUGAAAACGACAUAUGACAGCAGUCUCUCCUCAUACACGGUCCCCCUAGAAAAAGAUAACUCCGAGGAGUUUAGGCAGCGGGAAGCCCGAGCAGCCCAGCUGGCCCGCGAGAUAGAAUCCAGUCCUCAGUACAGAGCUCGGAUUGCCAUAGAGAACGACGACUGCCGGACAGAGGAGGAGAAGCACAGCUCUGUCAAUCGUCCAAACUCUGACCGAGACAGCCCAAGCCUUGGUUCCCGGGAUGGAAAGUACAUUCCUCUUCCACAACGAGUCCGAGACGGGUCACGGGGAGGACUCCGGACGAACUCCACCAGAGGAGGAAGACCUGGCAUGGGCUCCGUCCCUCCCCGGGCUGCCCCUCAACAUUAUCCUGAAACCAGUUCUAGCCCAGUGCCAGAGCAGAGAGGCAUCAACGGAGGCCCUUCACGGAUGUCUCCCAAAUCGCAGCGCACAGUAAGGUGUACUAAGACCAUGUCUUCUCCGUCCAGUCGUCCUAUAGAAGUGUCCACAUCCCCAUCAGCGGCCUCCCGUGUCUACGCACCUAUGUCUCCAAAAUCUGCCUCCUCCAUCAGUUCCUUGGACUCGUCUUCUCAGGCUUCCACCCCUGACUCUCGGUCUGCUCUGGAACCCAGCGCCUCCACUAAACCCUCCUCCCCAAAGAAUGUCACUCCCACCUUGAUGAUGGAAGGCAAAGACGUUCCAAGCGCUGUGGUGAAGGAGCCGGGCCGGGCGUUGGAGCAGAGCGUGCCGUGCGACGUGAAGCAGCAGCCAUGUAAAGUGCUGCAGACUGACCAGAAGAGGAAUCAAUUGGACGAGCUGCGGAAAUUUGGGGCUGAAUUCAGGCUCCAAUCAAGCUCCUGCCCUGACUCCUCAAUAGAAACUUUCCCAUCCAGGCAGCGAGAGCCUUUAGAAAAUAAAUUAGCUCCACAAGACCCAGCGCACUGCGAUGGAAACGAGCCGCAUGAUCUGGUACAUAAAAUCUCCGAGACGGCGGAAGAGAGUAAGGAGGAGCGAGUAUGUGAGACUAGCGAGCGCCAGGAGGAAGCGGCUAGUCCCGCAAGCAAAGCGGAACCAGAAGAGAGAGAGGAGCACGCAGUGUGCGACCAAGUAAAGAAAUCCACUCUGAAUCCCAAUGCUAAGGAGUUUAACCCUUCCAAGUCCCUUCUGGCUGUGAACAAGGCAACCAGCACCCCGACAUCCCCCGGACCAAGAAACCAUUCCGCCACCACCACCAUCCCCAUGCUGACAGCAGGGCAGGGUGGGGUGUACAGCCAGUACAUCUCCUACAUCCCCCAGAUCCACAUGAGCCCGGCGGUGCAGGCUCCUCAGAUGUAUUCGUAUCCAGUGUCUAACUCUGUGCCGGGCCAGCAGGGAAAGUAUAGAGCGAAAGGUCCUCCGCAGCGCUCUGAUCAGCCCAACUCCGCCCCUCCCAUAAUGCAGGCAGCAGCAGCCGCCGGUCCCCCCCUAGUGGCAGCCACUCCGUAUUCCUCUUACAUCUCCUACAGCCCACAGCAGUUCCCGGGGCAGCCGACCAUGAUGCAGCCCAUGGCUCACUACCCUUCACAGCAUUGUGGUUUCCUUUCCUUUCAGCCCAUGUUUGCUCAGAUGCUUCAGGGGAAUCCACGCAUGCUGGCAUCUGGAAACCAUCAAGCCUUAGUCUCGUCCUCCAAUCCUCAGUACCAGCCUACAGAGCAGCCCAGUCCGCAGACCCUGUAUGCAACUGUCCAUCAAUCCUACUCUCACCAUGCAGCCCAGCUGCACCCGCAACCCUCCAGCACCCCUACCCAGAGCCAGCAACAGUCUCAGCAUGCUAACCCCAGCCCUGUGCAGCACCAGGGUGGCCAACCUCAGCACCUGGGCAGUGGGCAACCUCAGCAGAAUCUGUAUCACACGGCAGCCCUGACUGCCACUCCACCCUCCCUGACUCCUGGACCCACUGCGCAAUCCCCACAGAGCAGCUACCCGCAGCAGGCCGUGUAUGCAAUCCACGCCCAUCAACAGCUACAGCACGGCUACACAAACAUGUCUCAUGUCGCCCAGGCACAUGUACAGAGUGGAAUAACUGGAGCGCCUCCCCCUCCCCACCCCGGAGCCCCUCACCCAUCACACCCUGGAGCCCCUCAUCCUACACAGGUUAUGCUCCUGCAUCCCUCACAGACUCACGGCGGCCCACCACAGGGUGCUGUACAACAGACCGGUGUAUCCGCCAAUUCUCCAUACGCCUAUAUACCCCAUCAUCAAGUUCAGUCUCAUCCGUCCCAGCAACUACCGUUCCACCCUCCUGGUAACUGAGCUUUCUCCCAAGCUGUGAUUCCAAGCUCCACAGUCCUAUAACCCCAGCAGCCAGUCCUGCCUCUGGCCUUAACCCACCCACAUUGUCCAGGAUACUGGCUGAGACAGUGUCCACAGGCCCACGGCCGCCCUCCCCCCCACAGACUUCUGCAGCAGUGCUGGGUGGCACAGGGUUGUGGGGGCCUGUGUCACGCCCUAUCGGAGAGGAGCAUUCAGCCACAUAUGGAGAACUGUCCUAGGCGUGGAUCCCGUAGCUGGAGGCAGCCUUAGUCCCCCUUAUUGGCACCAGGAGGAGAAUGUUUUAGCUUUUGGUUUGAUCUGCAGGGGGGAAGGGGCGCAGCCCUUCUCUCAGAGACUGGAACAAAAACCAAGAUUUUAUUUUUUAUUUAUAACUAAAAUCGGCAGUUUCAAGGCAGAGUCCACUUUCAUCACCCACCCUUUUCCCCCUCAUCUCCUCCCGAACCCCCUUAACUUGAACGGAGUGAUGGACUACUUUUACUUUUUAUUGAAUAAAAUAUUUAAAAAAAAAAAAAAGAAGAAAAAAAACUUACAAAAAAAUUACAAAAAACAACAAAAACUAAAAAAUAAAAGUUUUAAACUAAA